AUGUCCCGGACUUACUUUCCAUCCACGUCCAAGUUUGCAGAAGAUCCUGAUCGAUACCACAAAAAUGCCCUCCAUCCACUUCUCAUCGGUGAUGUUCUCGAGAACGGCCGCUAUCGAAUCGUGCACAAACUGGGCUCUGGCAGCUUUGCCACGGUCUGGCUCGCUAGGGACACCGUGAACAACGCGUACGUUUCUCUCAAGGUCAUGUCCGCCAACACACCGCCCGAGAGCCAGGAGCUUCGCAUCCUGCAGCAAAUUCGCGACACGCAGCUGCCACACCCUGGCAAGCAAUUCGUAGUCCAGCUUCGGGACAGCUUCACCGUCGAUGGUCCGAAUGGAAAGCAUACUUGUCUCGUGACUGAUGUGGCAGGCGACCGCUUGGCAAGGCCGGAUGAUCUGCCGUAUGGCGACCUGGCUUGGCCGCGGAUGGUCGGUCUCCAGAUUGCCCAGGCUCUGGGCUACCUUCACGCCCUGGGCAUUGCGCAUGCUGGUACAGAUUGUUACACGUCAAACAUUCUGUGGCAGCUCGAGCGGUUCGAUCACUGGACCGAGGAGGAACUCUACGCCUGUAUCGGCCAGCCCAUCAAGCAUCCAGUGCGUCGCCUAGAUGGAGGGCCCAUGCUAGCCAGCGCCCCCGAGUAUACCGUCGAGCCUGGGGACAUGGCGGCCCUGGAGCGCCGUCUACGUGUCGACCGAGUCCUCUUGAUCGAUCUCGGGGCCGCCUUUUACCACGACCAACGUCCACCAGUGGUAUACACCCCCGCACCGCUGACAUCGCCCGAGAUCCUGUUCGGCGGCGAGAUUACGUCUGCUAUUGACAAAUGGGCCUACGGGUGUCUCUUGUACGAGCUGUGUGCCGACCGAACCCUGAUCAAGCUGCUCUUUGGGUGGAACAAUGACGCGAAAAAAGACCAGGUCGCCAUGCUUGGCAGGCCGCCUGAAGCCCUCUGGAAGAACUGGGAAGAGAGGGACAGGUACUUUUGUCCGGACGGGACCCCCAAAGAAGCUGAAGGCCGGCGCUUGAAAGUCGACGUGCUCUCGUUGAAGCAGCGCGUACGAAACGUUGGAAGACCCUUGAGCGAACGUGACGGUUCUGCCGUCUCUGAGCCCCUCUCACCGGCUCUCCAACAUUUGUACGAUCUGCUGGAAAGCCUCAUCACAUAUGACGCGGGGGCACGACUCUCGUUUGAAGCGAUUCAAGCACAUCCCUUUUUUAGCGACACGGGUAUUUAG